AUGGUGGAACAGAGUGGUGUGGUUAGAAGUGUGAGUGUGAGAUGGAAACCGCCACUUGUUGAGUGGUUUAAGUACAAUAUGGUGUCUCUUGGUCUAACAGGAACAAGCUUGCUGCUGUUUACGACAAAAAAAAAAAAAAAAAUUCCCCCAAAUCGAAACCUAGGUUCUCAUCGACUCCGACUCCACCGUGAGCUCGCCGCCGGCCUCAUUUCGCAUAUCUUCAUUAUCCUUCAGUCUCCAGCUUGGUUCACGAACUCGGUCGAUUCCUCCAAUGCAGACAACACCAAUCUGGACAAGGAUCGAGACGGAGUUCGGGACCGAGAACGUGACUGUGACAGGGAGAGAGAUAGAGGGCGAGAUCGAGACUACAAUAGGAAUAAAGACAGAGAGCGAGAGCGAGAGAGAGACCAUGAGCGUGGUCGUCGUGAACGAGAUCGUGAACCGGAUAUGAGAAAUAGAGAUAAGGAUCAAGAGGAGGAGGCUAAGGCUAGGAAGAAGGAAACUUGCUGAGAAGGUUGCAGAUCUGGAUUAUAUGUCGUGGUUCCUGAUGUCUUCCAUGGAGAUCCAUAUAAUCUGAGAAUCAAGAUCGACCUUUAA